AUGGUUUGUUUGGUAAAAGGAGCAAAUCAUAAAGAUACUUGUGAGAUGUCUGAAAGUUUCAGAAAGCUAGGUUUGAAGCUGGGGGUUGAUUCUUAUCUUUUACUUCUUGAAGCCUUAUACAAGGACGGACAGAGCGAAGAAGGGGAUCGAAUCUUUGAUCAAAUGACUGUGGAUGGUCUAAUUUCGAGUGUUUAUGCGUAUAACAUGAUUAUUGAUUGCUACUGCCGAGCCAAAAUGAUGGAUCAUGCAUCAGCAAAUUUUAGAGACAUGCAGCUUAAGGGCUUCACCCCAAACCUUGUGACAUUCAAUACCCUCAUUAAUGGCCAUUGCAAGGAUGGAGCUAUAGCCAAGGCACAAGAGCUGCUGGAGAUGCUCUUGAAAAAUGGACUCAAACCCGAUAUCAUUACUUUUAGUUCUAUAAUUGACGGACUUUGUCGAAUAAACAGGACUUGGGAGGCUUUUGAAUGCUUUAAUGAGAUGAUUGAGUGGGGCAUCAAUCCAAAUGCCAUUGUUUACAAUAUCUUGAUCCGGUCUUUAUGUGCCAUUGGGGAUGUUUCGAGAUCAACAAAACUUCUAAGGAGAAUGCAAAAGGAAGGAAUAAGCCCUGAGACGUACUCCUAUAAUGCUUUGAUUCAAAUUUUUUGUAGGAUGAAUGACAUUAAGAAAGCCAAAAAGCUGUUUGUUUCGAUGUCAAGAUCUGGCUUAAAUCCUGAUAGUUACACAUACAGUGCUUUUAUAGAAACACUAUCAGAGUCCGGGAGAUUAGAGGAAACGAAGAUGUUUUACUCGAUGGAGGCAAAUGGUUGUCCUCCUGAUUCUUAUGUAUGCAAUUUAAUUAUUAAAAAACUGGUUCUGCAAGACUGCAUCGAAGACACAAAAAACAUUGCAGAAAAAUGCAGACAGAAGGGAAUGUCUUUGAAUCCUGUGUUCAAUUCAUAGUGUCGUUUUUUCGCCAAGUUUCUGAGAUGCUGCCAUUGUUGAGCAUUCUACACAGAAUAUAUUAUUGAUGCCAGACAGGUACCUUCUCGAUACUCCUUCGAUCAUUAGUUAAGAAAAUAAAAUGAUCAAAUCAGUUGAAGUAGGAAGGGUGAAUUAACUUGAUAACCAAAUAGAAUCUAUUUGGAUUUUGGUGAUAUCUUUGUUAGCAAUGUAGAAUGUUAAUAAGAGCUUGUAUUGUUAACAUUUAUUCUAACAUAAUCUAAAAAAUGUUUGGGAACUAAUUUGGAGUUUUACUUUUUAAAUUGAGCUUUAAGGAGGUUAUACUGAUCUUGUUUGAAAAUGCUGGGCUUAAGAUGGAUCUUCAUUUUUCUUUUAUAAAGAGUUUUAUAUAUAAAUGGUAUAAACACAAAUAUGAUUUAUGAUUGAACAUUGUGGCUAUGUGUGAUCCAUAUAGUCAACCCUACCUAGUUUGACAAAGCUUAUUGGUUGUUGUAAGACAGACUUAAAUUGUUUCAGAGAACUUUUGAGGGAAACCAUGGAGCUAAUUUAAUUCGUUUAUAUAUCUAUUAUGCAUAUUGUUACCUCUU